ACACAUGUUUAGUGAGAGAAAAUAAAUAACAUAUCAUGUAUUCUUGCCCAUUGAGUUCUGAUAGUCAAGAGAGAAUUAUUGAAUCGCUGAAAGACAAGCUUGUGUGUACCAUGUUGGAAUUGGAAUCAGCAAAAAAGGAGCUAAAACAGGAGAAAGAGAAAACCCAAAAGGUAGCAAGGAAAUUUCUUCAUCUCAAUAAAGUAGCUUUGCAAGAAAAAUAUGAAGCACAAAAACAAAGGGAUGAAGUAAGAAACCAGUUGCAUAUCCUAAUAAAAGCUAGCACAUCAUCAGAUUAUGACAACAUAUCAAUCAACACCGCACACACCCAACCGUACUAUGCUGCUGCAGCAACAACAGAAGCCCCUACUUUAACAAGCAGCAGUUCCAGCACUACAAGGUUGGAAAAACAGCCUCAGGUGGUGGGCAUGGAAAUUAUAAGCAACAACAGGAGCAGAAGGAGUAAAAUGAGGAAGAGAAUGAGUGAUAAUGAAUCUUUUGUGUGUAAUAGUCUUAUAGAAGAAGGGAUUUAUGAUAAACCAUUGCCCAAGAAAGGGAGGCUUUUGCAGGCUGUGGUUGAAGCUGGGCCAUUGCUUCAAACACUUCUUAUUGCCCCUCUUCCUCAAUGGAACAAUCCUCCAACACCCAUUACUACACUGCCUAUGCCUCUGCCUCUGCCUGUUUUUCAAGACUCAAUAAUUGCUAAUUUGCCAUAUUAACCUUUCAAUCUAAGCUCAUCUUGAAUAAACUUUAUGCUUGAUCAAAUCCCAUAUAUAGAUCAUGAUCUAUAUUUAAAAGUUGAACACCUAUAUCCCUGGCCAUCUCCAUCAUCAUUAGUGACAACUUGUUAUCUUAUAGUAAAGUAAAUAUUUAAGGAUACAUUACUUCUAAAAUAUGUACAAAUAUAUAGACAUGUUUAAUGUUGCACUUUGUUAAGCUUUUAUACAAUGCUGGUGUGGCUUCUCCUCUAUUAUUACCUCUCGAUGAUGAUUAAAAAGAUUAAGGACUAGUAAUGAUGUUCUUGUUAAUUCUAUUUUUGGCAUAUUUAAUUGAUAAAUAUAAUUUAUUAAUUUAUUGUUUAAUUUCGGCUGUGUAUAAAUAUUGGUUUUCUUAUUUUAUAUGUGAAUUGAAUAUUAAGCAAUCUAUCGUUGGAAGGAAAGUUGUCUAACUUUCCAAUUUAUGGAAAUUAAGGUAAAGAUGGUAA